AUGAAGAUCUACAAUAAAUACAACCAAGCCACCCUUUGUGCCCUUGCCACUGUCUUUUCUCUGCUGAUGGCUGGCACACCACUGACGGGAGCUUCCACCAUUGCUGCCCCCAUCGCAGCGCCCUUGCAAGUCACAUCCACGGCCGUCCUUCCACCUCCACCCUCAGUGGAAACUGAGCAAGUGCAAUCGAAUGCUCGGGCUACUGAGGGUGUCAUGGUCCACGCAGCAGAUGGUACUCAAGUUUUAGGGCACGACAUGUCCAAGCCGUUGCCACUGGGGGUCCCUUUUGAAUUUGAAACCCCCUUCUUCAAAGGAAAGAUCCUGCUAAGAUUCCGAGGGAAUGGUGAUUCCGAGAGUCAAGACGCUUAUUUUGGUCAACACAAGAAGCGGUUGAUGCAGACUGUGGUCCAAGGGCGGUUCAAGCAAAAGGCUAAAAUGAGUGACGUUUUUGUUGGCUCCGUGUUCAACCGUCCUCUGGCUCAGAAACCGCCCGCUUUUGUGGCCAAGCUGAUGGACAAGGCAAUGAAACGCAUGGCCCCUGGAAUUAUCAUGGACCUGGUAUCGGACCAACCCCGCGUUGUAGCUCUUUAUGCCGGCACAGCCCAGUCUGUGAGCAUCGAUACACCCGGCACUGAACCCGAUAUGAUGGGUACCGAAAUCCGUGAAAAUGUGGCCGGCUACUUGGGCUCCAAGUUUGCCUCUUUGAGUAUUAAUAAACGCAAGAAGCAACUGUCAUCUCCUGCCCAGGCGGAACAGUACGAGUAUGACACAGAUCAUGUCUACACUUUUCAUUCUUAUGAUGAGGCAGUGGAUUAUGGCUCUGGAAAGAUUCGAGUGCCCAUGUACGGUGAUUACGAUAUCAAGAAGGCUCUGGGACAUCAGCCACUCAAACUGAGUGCAGUGACCAGCCAGGGUGAUGUCAUUUACUCGUUUGAAUUGAGACAUCCUACAUCUGAUCAAUGA